AUGGAGACCUUUAUCAGCACCUUAGACCCCAAGACGGUGUUAAACCCGGCCGAGGACGGCGAGGACCCGCCCGAGUCUUCUGACCCGCGGGAGCACAUGUACAUUUUGCGCAAUCUCGUCGGGCGGAACCCGACCACCGCCGCCUUCGUCGCCGUUCGCGGGUCGAACUUGACGGAAAAAGUCGUCGCGAAGUUCGUGAUGUUGAGCGAUGAAAAGCAAACCUCCUACGCCCGGAGCGAGCUCCACUGCCUCGCGGCCUGCAGCCAUUUCGGCAUCGUCAAACACUACGGCGACUUCAAGUCCGAGGACAAGGUGCUGCUGAUUAUGGAGUACGGCAGCGGGGGGGAUUUGAACAAACAAAUCAAACAGCGCCUCCGCGAGCGGCUUCCCUUUAAGGAGCACGAGGUGGGGCUGUUGUUCUACCAAAUCGUCCUCGCCUUGGAUGAGGUCCACAGCCGGCGCAUGAUGCAUCGCGACCUCAAGAGCGCGAACAUCUUCCUGAUGCCAACGGGCAUCAUCAAACUCGGCGAUUUCGGCUUCUCCAAGCAGUACAACGACUCCGUCUCGCUGGACGUGGGGUCGUCCUUCUGCGGGACCCCGUAUUACCUCGCCCCGGAGCUCUGGGAGCGCAAGCGGUACAGCAAAAAGGCGGACAUGUGGUCCCUGGGGGUGAUUUUGUACGAGUUGUUGACCCUUCAUCGGCCCUUUAAAGGGCCCUCGCAGCGGGAGAUCAUGCAGCAGGUGUUGUACGACCGCUACGACCACUUCCCCUGCCCGGUCUCGAACAGCAUGAAGGAGUUGUUGGAGACGCUGCUGUCCAAAAACCCGGCCGAUCGCCCCACCACCCAGCAGCUCUUGCAGACGGAUUUCAUGAAAUACGUGGCGAACCUCUUCGAGGAGAUCGUCAGCAACUCCGACGCGAUUAAGCCCUCGGACCGCAAGGAGAUCAUCCGCCAACUCGCCGCUAGCAGUAGUAAAAUCGCCAUCCACCAGCCCCCUCGCAUCGGCAUCGGCAUCUUCGACGUCGACCACGAGGGCUACCUCUUUAAGUACAGCUCCGACUUUAAGUGGAAGCGGCGCUACUUUUCGAUCAAGAAGAAUAUGCUGCAGAUCUCCAUCACGGACAAGCCCGAGAACGACUCCGUCCCGCCGAAAUCGACCGGGCUGGAGGCGAUUAGCGAUGCCUUUCCCGUCCCCGAGGCCUACUGCCGCUCGCACCCCAAUCAGCUCGUGAUUUGGUUCACCAAUGGGCAGAAAAUUAUCGCCAUGGCCAGCUCCCCUGAGGACCGGGAUACGUGGCUGUUGAAAAUUCAGAUGGCGUGUGGGAUGUGA